GAAAAUCGACAAAUUUUCCCAACACUGGUGAUAACAUCCAGCCUCAGUGCACACACUUCAGUUAUUCCAAAAAAAUGGCGGAUGUCGACUUGAAUAUCGACAGCUUGAUAGAAAGAUUACUUGAAGUGCGAGGAUGUCGUCCUGGAAAAUCAGUUAUAAUGACAGAAGCAGAAGUACGUGGUUUAUGUUUAAAAAGUCGUGAAAUUUUUUUACAACAACCAAUACUACUUGAGCUUGAAGCACCAUUAAAAAUAUGUGGUGAUAUACAUGGACAAUACACUGAUUUAUUGAGAUUAUUUGAGUAUGGUGGUUUUCCACCAGAAUCAAAUUAUUUAUUUCUCGGUGAUUAUGUUGACAGAGGAAAACAAUCACUUGAAACAAUAUGUCUAUUGCUUGCAUAUAAAAUUAAAUAUCCAGAAAAUUUUUUUUUACUACGUGGUAAUCAUGAAUGUGCAAGUAUCAAUAGAAUAUAUGGUUUUUAUGAUGAAUGUAAACGCAGAUAUAAUAUUAAAUUAUGGAAAACAUUUACUGAUUGUUUCAAUUGUCUACCAAUUGCUGCAAUUAUUGAUGAAAAAAUUUUUUGUUGUCAUGGUGGUCUAAGUCCAGAUUUACAGGGAAUGGAACAAAUAAGAAGAAUUAUGAGACCAACUGAUGUACCAGAUACUGGAUUACUUUGUGAUCUUUUAUGGUCUGAUCCUGAUAAAGAUGUUCAGGGCUGGGGAGAAAAUGAUAGAGGUGUAUCAUUCACAUUUGGUCCAGAUGUUGUAUCAAAAUUUUUAAAUCGUCAUGAUAUGGAUUUAAUAUGCCGAGCUCAUCAAGUUGUUGAAGAUGGAUAUGAAUUUUUUGCAAAACGACAACUUGUUACAUUAUUUUCAGCACCAAAUUAUUGUGGUGAAUUUGAUAAUGCUGGUGGUAUGAUGAGUGUUGAUGAAAAUCUCAUGUGCAGUUUUCAGAUUCUUAAACCAUCUGAGAAAAAAGCCAAGUAUCAGUAUGGUGGUAUGACUGGUGUACAAACAAGUAGACCAGCAACACCACAAAAAAAUUCAAGCAAUAAAAAAACCAAAAAAUGAUCAUCGUAUACAACUGAUUCUGCAUAGCAAUCAACACUAAUGUCAUUCUAGGUAUUAUUUAUUUAUUUAUUUAUAACAAGGUUCAUUAUUUUCAUCAGAUUAUUUCAACUUGGAGAAGAAAAUAUAUAUUAUUUUUACAGUUGUGGAACGUCAGAGAAUCCAGUAUCGUUCAUAACGUCAAAUAUAUAUUUUAAAAAAAAAUUACCUCUUCCGUAAAUUUUAAAUACAAAAAAAAGAUGAAACUCAUGAUAAUUUAGUCGAAAAGAAACAUUGUUAAUUUAAUUAUCUGAGCUGUUGCUUUUUUUUCCUUGUUUUUUUAUAAUAAUUUUUUCAUUUUGUAUUCAACUUUUCGAGAUUUUAGUUGAAUACUGAAUUUUUGUUUUUGAAUAAUCACUGGGUAUAUAACACGUACUUCCAUCUUAUAUAAAAAAAAAAAAAAAACAAAUGAAAUAUUUAUUCUGUAAUGUGCAUUUCGUAAAUGUGCUUUAUUUAUUCUUUAUUAUUAUUAUUAUUACAUUAGAUUUAAAUAUAACUAUCCAAUUAAAAAAAAAUCAAUUGUUUGUUUUUUUUUUUUUCUUUUUUUGUCAUCUUGUGCUUAAUUUUCUUUGUCAUUCAUCAUUUAACUUGGUUUUUUUUCUUUUUUUUUUUUGUUUAUUUAUGAUUAUUUUUUAUUACGUCCUGGUGAUGAUGAUAUUGUUCAUUCAAGUUUGGGUCAUACCCAGUUAUUUAAUUUUGUGCUAUUUUCAGCAAAAUUGCAUUUUCUUUUUUUGUUUACUUAAUUUUUUUAUCGAAACACCGACGUGCAUAUGCGAAUUUAACCGAAUGAAUGAAGAUAUUAUA